CCUUGGCUUGGAGCUCAGAUAACAAAGGCAGAUUGGAAAUAGUCAUCAUUCCAACAGCAUCCUCAGCUUGUACCAGUGGCAGCACGGUCUCAAGAGGAACUAAGACAUGGAGCUUGAUUUUGGACACUUUGACGAGCGGGAUAAGACUUCGAGGAAUGCAAAAACAUCUCGGAUGAAUGGAUUGCCCAGUCCUACACACAGUGCUCACUGCAGUUUUUACAGAACCCGUACCUUGCAGGCCCUCAGUAAUGAAAAGAAAGCCAAAAAAGUACGGUUCUAUCGUAACGGCGAUCGAUACUUCAAGGGGAUAGUAUACGCCGUCUCUCCUGACCGAUUUAGAAGUUUUGACGCUUUGCUGGCUGACUUGACCAGGUCUCUCUCUGAUAAUAUUAACUUGCCCCAAGGUGUUCGCUACAUCUACACCAUUGAUGGAUCAAUCAAGAUUACCAGCAUGGAUGAACUAGAGGAAGGUGAAAGCUAUGUUUGUUCAUCCGACAACUUUUUCAAGAGACUGGAAUACACUAAGAAUGUCAAUCCAAACUGGUCUGUGAAUGUGAAGACAUCCUCAGCUCAGAAGUCCCCACAAUCACUUGGCAGCAGCAAUAAUGCCCAGUCCAGGGAGAGCAAGGACUUUGUCCGACCCAAGCUGGUAACUAUCAUUCGGAGUGGAGUAAAACCAAGGAAGGCUGUACGUGUACUCCUUAAUAAAAAGACGGCCCAUUCAUUCGAGCAAGUACUCACUGAUAUCACUGAUGCCAUUAAGUUGGAGACAGGAGUGGUGAAGAAGCUCUACACCUUGGAUGGAAAACAGGUGACUUGCCUCCAUGAUUUCUUUGGGGAGGAUGAUGUAUUUAUUGCAUGCGGCCCAGAGAAAUUCCGAUAUGCUCAAGAUGACUUUUCUCUGGAUGAGAAUGCAGAUUGUCGUGUCAUGAAGGGAAACCCCCCACCACAGACACCAAAAUCAAGUUCUGCUGGUGUGAAGAGUUCAGCCAAAAGUCCAGCACCACAACGCCGCAGCAAAUCCCCUGCUGAUUCAGCAAAUGGAACAUCAAGCAGUCAACUGUCUACCCCUAAAUCUAAGCAGUCUCCUAUCUCCACCCCAACCAGUCCUGGAAGCCUCCGUAAGCACAAGGAUCUGUACCUACCCCUGUCUUUGGAUGACUCUGACUCCCUUGGGGACUCCAUGUAAAGAAUAACAGUGAAUCGUGUCCACAACAUGUAGAAUCACACAGCAGAAAAGAAAAGCAGAUCGACACACUGGUGCUUUUUAAAGAAUCCAAUUGCAGCUUUCAUUUUUCUUUUUCCCUGUGAUUUAAUAGUUUGUUUCAUAAAUUGUAUGUGACCCAGGCUGAUGGGGAUAAGCAACUGUUUUAUAGUGAUGAAGCAGGCUUCACAAUUGUAUACUGUAUGCAAGUAUGCCAUUUUAGGAGUUGUACUUAGAACCAAACAUGUUGUUUCUAUGAGCUGUAGAUGGUGUCAGAAAACUGACCCUAUCAACAGUCAUUGAGUAUUGCCUUGUUACCAAGAGUGGUAAGAAUCAUGACACAUGUUGGGGAAAUGAGUAAUGUCUAGUGUAUAUUGCUGAUAAUGUUUUGUCUGAUUUAUAUUGCUAUCCAAAACUAUUCUAUUUGACAUGGAAAUGAUGAUGAUACCUGACAUUAUACAACUUUGUUUCCUAAGUAUCACCAUCUAAAUGUAGGGUCACACAAACUUAUAAAGUUUCUCAAAUUCUCAUUUAAGGUUUUCUCAGUUUAAACCUCUGCUACUAUUGCUUUCAACUAAAUUGUCUUUUGAGGCUGAUGCAAGUUGAUUCUUUACAAUAGGAUCAUGAGAGCACACAACGGAAAUUGCUCUUUAUCUCACCACUUAUUGAUUGGUACUGUCUCUGUUAAUUUUCAGUUUGAGAGAAUCAAUCAUAAAAAAAACAACAAGGAGAAGUCCCGUUAGUUGGUAUAGGACAAACUGCAUCUGGUUUCCAGAUGGAAGCAAGAAAAACCUUUAGCUUGACAGUGAAAUCCUUUAUUGCACAGAGUAGUAAUUUAGUGUGUAGUGAUUAUAACUAUUUGUAUAAGACAGUGCAACUUUGAACCCCUUUGUUGCCAUGGAUAACUAUUGAUAUUUAUUUUUUUGUCUUUUGUCUUUUUUUUUGUUGUAGAGAAAGGGAUAAAUGAUAGUAACACUCACCUGUUUUACACAACUUUGAUCAUUAGUUAUUAUUCUUUGCUAUAAUAACCCAUUUGAUAAGUCACACUAAAUAAUAGAGAGACUUAUAAAUGCAAUUGAGGUAGAGGUCAAAUACUCUUUGAUAAUUGAAAUUCCAGGUGGCUUUCUUAUUUCUUUAUCACCAUCUCAGUCCCGUUCCUUUUUUGAUGCCUAUACCACCAUCACGUUAUUAGAAACAAGAUUCAAGAAAUAAAGGUUUCUCCCAAUUUAGCACCAGAUGGUUGGAAUACUAUCAAAAUAGGAAGCAAAUAUGAGAGCUAUAAAUCAUUUGUUAUAUACAGAAAACAGUUUCAGUGAUUAUUAUACCUUUCCAUUUCAUCUGAAAUUACUGAUACUGUGAGAAAUACAGGCACACACUUCUGAUCAGCCAAAACACAAUUAUGCCCAAACACUAAAGAAAUAAUAUUAAAACUGCACUCUAAAUUGACAGUUUAUGCUCUGUAUUCAGAUCUGCUUGUUAUGGGGUCAUCAUGUUGUCUAGGAAAAGUGUAUCUGAAUCUUGAUGAAACUGUAAAGGCAAACGCAUGGUUAAAACACUAGAAAACACAGCAAUCAUAAGAAAUUUAUUAAACGGUUAUGAAUGUGCAGAAACAGUGCCAUUUUGUACUUCCCUUGAAGCAUUUUCAUGCAAUCCAACAUUUUUUUUCUCAAUGUAUACAUACAUUUUUCAAGAAGCAGUUUCUAAAAAUGUAGUGGACAAGUCCAUGUAACAUUGAAGAGCAAUAUACAAAUUUUGAAACAUCAUCAUUAUUGUGUUUCCUUGUGGCAGGCCUAGAAUACAUGGUUACAACGAUAACGACGAUCCAACAUAUAUACAACAUCCUCACUUCAACUGGUCUACAGAAUUCCCUAAUUCAAGCUAUAUUUUUCACUGAUACUCCACAGUUGUCAGUGGCAUUAGCUACUUUAUUGCCAUAUAGAUAGGUGGUUUGCUUGCCACUCAUCUUUGACAGGCAAACAAAAUAUUUGAAAAUGGUUGAUAUCAAAAUACUGCAUACCGUCAAGGGAAAGACUAGCCAAUAGAGAUUAAUACACAAACUCUUCAAUGGAGAUCAAUUUUUUAAUUAUGCCUGAUUAUUCUGAUAAUUUGGAUAAUUAAAUACAUAUAAAAUGUUGUCAUUGUAUAUGAAAAAAUAAACAAUGUACAUUUAAUGCUAGAUUCUGAUUCCCUUAACUCUUUGUUUUAAUUUGAUAACUUUAUUGAUCAGCUACAUUAAUUCAUUCUAUAUACAUACAUUGGCUUUAAAUGUUUUACUUAUCCACAUGAUAUAAGUUAAAUACAUUUGUGAUACAUCUGGUGAUUCUCAAGAAAACCUGCCAUUGGUUAGUGAUGACAUGUGCUAAGCUCUAUAUCAAUGAUGGUAAAACAGUGUUGCCACUGGUUUACCAUCUCCUAGAUUGGCACCUUGGCUCCUUUUCUUCGCAUAUGUUAUUCACUAACCAGAUACUCUUGCGCUACUCUGGGAAAGAUGCGUCUGAAAAUGUAUUGCGCUUAUAAGAGCUUCUGUUGAAUUUACCAAACUAAUCCCUUUUAAAAGUUUCCACUUAAAAACAAAAAUGCUGAUAUUUCCUUCAAAAUUUUACAAAGGGUUAUUUAUGGGUGCUUAAAUAUAUUAAACAUCUCUGACAUCUACCUUUCCAAUGAUUGUAGCUUUUGUGGUUAGACAUACAACUGAUUACCAUUCCAUUGUUCGCAAACAAUCCCUUUGAGCUUCAAGCUAACUGGAAUACAUAAACCUAUUACAUAAACACAAAAACAAGAGACAUUGCAAAAAAACAGAUCUGCUAACCUGUGCUUUAAUAAAUGUCCCUAAAUAACUCUAUAUUCUUUCAGGUAUGGGAAAAGUUGCACACUUGAACCAUUAAUUUCACUGGACAUACAAUAUAUCUGCCUCUAUAAAAUCCUACCAGCUUUGUAAUGCUGUCCAUGCAUGCAUUGAUCAGGUUAUUCAAUGGAACUAUUUUAAUAAUAUGAUCAAAUCUAGCAAUUGUUGAAUUUUGUUUAUUAAUUACUGCGCUUCACUACCACUUCAAUAACUGUCAAAAAAAUAAAACGAGACUGUAUGAGUUGAUCAUUUAAAUGAUUUAUACAUCACUCAUGGGAUGUAUAGAGCAUUCAACCAAUUCUGAAACAAUUACUUGCUUUUCUAAAAAAAAAUAUUUACAUUGAUAGUGAUUAAUGUAAGAAAAUGUUCAGUUUGUUCUGCAUCAAUCAUUGAACAACUUUGAUACGACCAGAUUGAAUGGCUGUUUGCAUGAUCAGUACGUAUAUGGCCAGCAUUAUAAUCAGUUCUGAAAACACUGAUUCUUUGUUUUCAGCUAUCAAACAGUUUUUUUUCCUGUAAACCAGGAUGCAUUUUUGUAAUUUAAAUUUUUACUAUCUUUUAUCUACUUUUUAUAAACCACUCCGUUUCAGUUAUUUUAACACUUCUCUGGGAUAAAGCAUUUUCUCAAAUGUAUUUGAAAAGAUCAUUCAGGUCCCUAUUUACCAUUUGAAAUAAAUAAUUUUUAAGUGUUUUUAUACUUUUUGUAAGAACAAAGAUUCUGUUCUCAGCACAAGAACAAUUUUGCUGUAUCAAUGUAGAUUACAGUGAUUCAUUUUAUUACUGAACUUUUCUAUUGUCAUUUAGGUACUAUUUUCUGUCUGGUUUGUUGUAACAACAAUAUAUAAUAAUACAAUAAUGUGAUGCUUACUAAAAAAGUAGCACUUUUGUGAGAUUUAUCAAAUUAUUGUAUACAUAUCAAAUCAGUCCACUGAACAUAAUAAAUGACAGUGUAUUGUUUCAACAAGAUGUAAUAUAUGACUGGUUGGAUCCAUCAGGAGCAUUGGUUUGAUCAGUUAUGAAGUUGAUUUUUUUAUGUCUGUACUAUUAGGCCUUAUGCACACAGGGCGUUUGUCCAGCUCUCCUAGACACCUUUCCUCCUGGCAGUGGCAUUUUGGCAGAAAAAACACUUGAUACUUGUAGACGCAUGUAAUACAUUUAGGCACGUUUAGGCGUGUCAGGCAUUUGGACAUCAAUUAAUUUAAUUGGCAGGGUUAAUAAUUUAUUUUGCCCAUUGAUAUGAAUUAUCUCUCAAGUGCUAAAUGAGCCUAUCAUUGACACACGUUUAGACACAUUUACAUGUAUCAAGUGUUUUUUCUGCCAAAACACUGCUGUUCCUGGACAUGCUGGCAGUUGGUAUUUUCUCCCUCUUAAUGUCCCUGCCUCUAAAUUCCUCUAAAGACCUAUGUGUGCAGGGACACAUAGGCUAAGGCUGGGUUCACACCUAUGCAAAUUGGAUGCGGUUUUUCCCACAUCCUAUUCACAUAGCAGGAGAAUGUGACCGGCUCUCUAUUGAGCUGGUUCACAUGUCUCCGGGGUGGCUGCGGAGCGCACUCCACAGAAACGCUGUGUGUCUUUGCCUCCAUUUCAGGGCCGAAUUCAGGCAAAUAUUGUUUUCUGAUUCGUCCCUGAAACUGAGCAUAGGGAUGGACAGCAUUGCAGGUUGUCCAGGUUUACGUGUGAAGCGAGCCUCACAUGCAGGGGUGUUUAGAGGCAGAAACCAAAACGCUAGCCGCCCCUAAAAGCAGUGUUAAAAACAUCCAUUGUGUAUGAGGCCUAAUAAUCAUAAUCAUAUAUAAAUACGUAUUCUCACAGUAACCACCAAUAUCUGGCCGCACAAUACAUGGUUAAGAAGGUAUGGGAGCAUUUGCCACAAAGGCAAAUGUAAGAAGUCCAUGCAAUGCUUUAUCUACUGAAGGUGCAGUGUGUUAAAAAUACAUUUUCUGAAUAAAACAAAUUUAGUAAACCAGCAGGAAAUAAAAACAAAGAUAUUGUCCACCUGAACAAUUACAAAAUAGCUUGGGGUCUUGCCAAUAACAAUCAAUAAAAUUACCUUUUGAGGAGUAAUUCAUGUAAACCAAUGCAUCUGACAUCCCAUGUUUGGGGAAAAGCAAACCGAAAGGUUUGCUAGCAGAGUAUUUUAGUUGUAAGGAAUGCAAUGUUGUUUUCUAAUGCAGUUUAGAAAGGGAAAGCAUCUUAUUGCUGCUUUGAGUAACAUUACAUCUUUAUAAACCAGACCUUCUCUUAUAAAAUUAGAAGAGCUAGAAGAAUUUUGUUCUGAGAUGCUAAGUUUAGAGACUAAUAACUCAACAGCAUGCAGUAUGUAAUUUUGUGUCUCUGCAGAGAUCACGCAAAUUCAUAUUUUGUACACAGUGAGGUUGAUUUUCUAAAACUGGAGAGUGCAAAUAUGAUGUAGCUCUGCAUAGAAACCAAUCAGCUUCCAGAUUUUUCUUUGGUCAAAGCUAACUGAACCAGCUGAAGUUAGACGCUGAUUGGCUAUCAUGCACAGCUGCACCAGAUUUUGCACUCUCCAGUUUUAGUUAAUUAAACUCAAUGUUUUUAUUUUAUCUUCACAAUCAGGGUUAACAUUAUUAUGCCUCAGGCUUGUCCCCAGAAGCUGAUUUCUCUUUAAAACUUUAGGAUUUACAGAUGUAUUUCAUGUAAGCUUAUCCAACUCAGAUAUUUUAUACUUUAGUCUGUGUAUAUAGGGUCAGUAAAAAAAUGGAGUGCUAUUAAGCAUGCAUUCAUAUUAUAGCAUAAACACGAUCAUGCAUUCAUUAUAUACAACAGCUCUGAAGCCUUAAUGAACAUGUUUUAUUAAAAAUAUUUGUUGACAACUGAACUAUCCAGAUAUCCUCCUAAAGUAUAAACCAGGCCAACAAUUGUUGUUUUGUAAAGCACAUUUUUACAUGACUGCAUUGCUAAAUGUAAAAGCUUAUUUGCUGUUUAAACAGUAGUGAACACACUCCUACCAUUGUAUUACUAUAAUAAUGCUCCAUGUGUGAGCCCAUACGAUGAACUAAUUAUAGUCUGGCCAAAGCGUUCCAACUUGUUGCAGUACAUAAUUUGGAUGGUGGCAAGGAACAUAAUGUACAUGUUCAUACCAAACCCUAAGCAUGGAUUCUUGAGUUGUACACGUUUUUAUUGUCCAUAAUGGUUUUACACCCUUGUCAUAGAACUAUAUAAAAGCAGUAUAUUAAGAAGAAACCAAGAUUUUUUGAGAUUAUCAUUGUUGCUUUUCUAGUCCUAUGGUGCCCACAGGAACAUCGUCAUAGACAGGCUGAAUGAGACCUAAUUUGUUCAUAAUGUUCCUUGUGCAAGACGGAAAUUGUUUUUGAUAAUUAUUAUUUAUUUAUUAUUAUUUAGGCUAAGACCACUAUCUUCAAUGCUGACAGUAAUCAAACCAGUUAUAGAUCUGUUGUUAUUUUAUUUGUACAUGUAUUAUUAUUUUUUUAGCCUACAACACCUGGUAUUUCCAUGCGGUCCCCCAUCCAGGUGCUAACCAGGCCCAGCCCUGCCUAUCCUCUGAGGUCAGAUGAGAUUGGGUGUGUUUAGGGUGAUGUGGCUGUAGGCUUAUUUGUACAUGUAUUUAUAUGUAUUUACCCUUUUCUUUUUCACGUUUAAUAUGCCUGAGCUUGUGUAUAAGUAUAUAACUCCCUUUUAAUAUGAGAUUCUUACUCAUCUGUUACCAUAUGUAGUAUCUCAUCUUACCAACCCCCCACCACCACGAGCUCCAUGGCAAUCAAAUACUUUUUAUUUAUUUGUAUUUAUGAGACUGAAAGGGGAGAGGCUUUAGACUGAACCAAUACAAUGUAAUUUUUAUGUUUUUAUGCUCCAUAGCUCCAUAGAAAAUUCCAAGAGGAAUAUUUUAUUUUAAAAAAAGGGACAAGUUUCCCAUAGCAACUAGUCAGCAUAUUUGUAUGUGGUGCAGGCUACAGAAUGAAAGCAAGCAUCUUCCAUGCGACAGAUGAAACCUUUGCAUGUCACUUUUGUUGUUCCUGUAAAUACGAAAUACUAUUAUAUCAAGCUAAAUUUUUUACUUAUAUUAUGCCUACUUCCCCAUGUUUUUUGUAUUUGGUUCAAAUCUUAAAUGUAUUGGAGCCUGAUAUAUUUAGUAAUUAAACCCCACAUACGGGGUUGUCCUUUUGAGAAGCACAUAACCACUUUAAAGUAGUCUCUUCUGAAUAGUGUGUUGUGAUAGUUACAUGAUUUGUGUCGGUAGUGAGGCAUUUGCAGUCAUAGGUGCUGCUAAUAUCCCGUGUGUUUUAGAUUAGAUAAGAUUAUUGUUGUUGUCAUAUUUACUACAUUGAUGCAGCGAAUGUCCCAGAUAACUUUGACAGGAAGUGUAGUUGCUAAGGAAAAAUGUGUGUUUCAUGAUAAAGCACCAGCAAUUGUGAUGUUAGAAUACAUUUUUUGGCCAUUUUGAUCUUCAAGAAUUGUCUUAUUUCUUAGAAAUCACCUUUACAGGUUUGCACUGUGUCAAAAUUACUAUGUCCUGUGUUUUCUACCAGAAUGUUACGGGGAUACUUUAUGUUACAGUAUGUCACCAAUAUGGUGACAUAGAAAGUUGAAUGUAAGCACUAGAAAAUCUGCCACUUGGGAGUAGGUGAUAUUUGAUGUAUUAAAGCAGACAUAGAACUCCUAUCAUGUAUGUUCAGAAGGGUGGGACUUCCCAAAACGUUAAAAACAUGGUCCUUAACCCUUAGUAAAUCUUUGCAAACAAUCAAAUACAAUAAAAGACGCAGAGUUAUUUUUUGUAAUAAAGAUAUAUCGGUCACAUUUUUUUUUUUUUAUUAUAUGGCAAACAUUUGAUGACAUUCUAGAAAUUAGAUAAUUUUUACCUGUUUGCUGAAAGCCUGCUGCGCAUGUCAACAAACAUAGCUGAAAUUCAUACCGCUCCCAACAAGUGGUUGGGAACUACUGCCCUAGAGAGUAAUGAGGACAAUUGUCAGCCAUCUAAGAAUUUGAGGUGAUUGUUUUUGUAGCCCUAAGGGCACCCAACUUUGUGAGAAAAAAUUUGUGCAAAUGCUAAAUCCAUAUGCCAUUCCUUCUUUAAUUUUUAUAAUCUGCAUAUAUGCAGAACAUUUUUUUUUUCAUAUGAGAUGUAUUGAGGUAACUAUGGUAAUAUUUGAAGAUAUUACAAAAUCGUUCUGUGCUGAAGGCAGCUUUUAUUUUUACAUUACCGAGCACUGCCGUUAUUCUUGGGUUUGGAAGUAGGACUUUUCCCAUAGUUUUUUUAACUUAUGUAUAAAGACUGUUUUUAGAAGAAACAUUUUUAUACUGCAGUUUUAAUAUUUACUUUUGAUAAUGUAAUGUUCAGCUGAAUCUGACUCUUUUCAGGGCAGUUUUUAUUUGUGUGCUUGCAGGGAUGAAUAAAAGAGACGGGCUGGGGGGGCGGGGGGUAGUUAGUGUGAUACUAGGCCUUUGGGAACAUUAAGCUGCAUAUUUAUAAGGUAGUAAAUGUGUCUUUUACCAAACAUUCAUUGGUGGUAAUCACCGUUCUUUAACACACUUGCAGUGAAUGUUUGGUAAAUGUUAGUUUAACUUCUUUAUAAAUAUGCCUCCUAUGAAAAAAGAUGGGAUGUCAUGUACAAUUUUUUAGCAUAUGUUUGCUUUCCACCAAAUAUAAAUCUCCCAAACUUAAUACUGUUUUGCAAACUGUUCGGUAAACAGUUGUUUCGGUGCUUAAAAAGAUAUGCCACUUUUUUAUAAUAAUAGACUCUAGCAUUCUGUGCAGCAGCACAGAGCAGGGUCUAUCCCACCAGCAUUCUUUUAAAUUGCUCAGUCUUACAACUAACAAAAAAUAGCAUUAAAGAUACACUUACUCUGUAAUACCCUUACUGUGUAGUUUUUCUACUUGGGACAAUUAUGCAUUCCCUUUUUCCACUAACGUAAAAUAUUCUUAAAAAGAAUACAAAACUAGUUAGAAAUGUAGUAUUUUAGUAAGAGGAGUUAUGUUCUUGAGUCUUCAGAUUCUGCAAAUAUGAUAUUGCUACCAAACAUUCAAAAAAUAAAAUAAAGCCAUUAUGAAGUACAUUAACAUUUUGUUCAUAACUAUUUGUGCCAUAUUUUGUAUGUGAACCCCCAAUACUGAAUUAAGAGUUCUGGAUGUUUGAGAACAUUUUAUUUGAUGUCCCAUACUAAUGGUCACACAUGUAUAUUACCAAUCUGGACACUGAAACUAUAUUUGACUCCUAAUAUCUACUGUUGGAUUUCUUAAAUGUUUAGGUAUUUCAUAUGUAGUGGGCACUGAUUCAAAUAUGAAAAAAGAUGGUGAAUUUCAGAUGAGGGGUUGAGCCAAACUGUUCUCACUGUAUCAUGAUGUAAUAUAGCGCAGCUUGAAGCCAAUGAUUUCUUGCUAAAUGUAUACAGCACAUGCAUGGUAUUUGAUAAUUAUGUCUCAGUCCUGGUGAAUUUUCUUUUUAAUUUUUUUUUUUUUUGGCGGUUAUUGCCCCUUGUGCUGCUAAAUGGAAUCCCACACACACUGCAGAGCAAUGGCAUUGGGCUCCAUAUGGAAGCAGGGGGUUAAAAUAACAUUUGUUUGCCAUCUAAACUGUACAGCAAAGCUUUUUAUCAAUGUUUAAAAAAAAGAACAUAGGAGUAGCUGUAGUUAGAAUUCAAGUACUUAGUCGAUUAGUGGGUGUAACUUUUAUAGAAGUGUAGCUUAUUCGUUAACAAGACUUAUGGGGUGCAUGCAUGAAAAUGUGCAGUGCAUUUCUUCAUACUACUGGUAACAAAUUGAGUAUUCUCACUUGACUAUUUUAUGAUUGUCUUUCAGAUGAGUUAGAUUAUUAUAAAAGCAUUGCUUGGUACUGUAUGAAGUCUUGGUAUAGACAGUUGGUUUUUAUCCUAGGGUUUUAUUCUUGACUGCUAAAGGAGCAGAGGGACAGAUACUUGGGUUAUGGUGGAUAUUACGAUAAUGGAUAAUGUGAAUGUAAAAAGAAAACAUUUUUUUUUCUGAUUGUAAGACAAGAAUCGUUUGAAGUAUAAAGUUUGUGCCAAGCCACAGCCUCAAGUUAGGGUAUGUACAAAUGUGCUCUUUGAAUAUUUAGGAUAUAUUCGUUCACUGCCUGUUAAAUGGAUUUCAACUGAAAAUGUAAAUUAAGUUCCUCUAAGGGCUAUGUAGAAAACAUCAGCAUUAGAUAUGAGAAUACCUUCUAGAAGGAAAAUGACCUACAGCCCAGCAUUAUCACGAGACUUACUACGUAUAUUUAACAGCUUAAUUAAACUCUGUAAAUUAAAGUUCA